AGCACUCUCUCUUGGAAGCCUGCCACGCUUCUGGUCUUCCAGCUUGUGUGUAAGUUCUUCCUCUGAUGCUGAGCCUGCUGUGUCUGAGCCUCUUCUUUGUUGGGUGCUCCACGGCUGAAACCCCAGCACCUGUGCCUGAGGAUGUGCUGGUGGGCAUUGUGGGGGGCCACAAUGCCCCACAGGGGAAGUGGCCGUGGCAGGUCAGCCUGAGGAUGUACAUCUACUACAUGGCCUCGUGGGUGCACAUCUGUGGGGGCUCCGUCAUUCACCCACAGUGGGUGCUGACAGCUGCCCACUGCAUCCACGAGAGAAAUGCUGACCCGUCAUCCUUCCGGAUCCACGCUGGGGAUGUGUACCUCUAUGGGAGCAAGGAGCUGCUGAAAGUGAGCCAGAUCAUCAUCCACCAGGACUAUGUGCAUGGUAUCCUGGGGUCUGAUGUGGCUCUGCUCAGGCUGGAGAAACCUCUGGACUGCUCCACUAACAUCAAGCCUGUCAAACUGACCUCUGGGUCUCUUGAGGACACCUCAAGGCAACCAUGCUGGGUGACUGGCUGGGGCAGGGUUGACGUUUAUGACCGGCUGCCACCUCCCUACCGCCUGCAGCAGGUUCGGGUGAAGAUAGUGGACAAUGCCCUCUGUGAGCAGAUAUACCACAAUACCACCAGGCACCGCUACCAGGGCCACAGAUUCAUCCAAGAUGACAUGCUGUGUGCUGGAAGUGAAGGCCGUGGAGCCUGCUUUGGUGACUCAGGCGGCCCCCUGGUCUGCAGGGCGGCAGGCUCCUGGAACUUGGUGGGAGUGGUGAGCUGGGGCUACCGCUGUGCCUGGACUAAGGCCCCUGGGGUCUAUGCACGCGUGCAGUCCUUCCUGCCCUGGAUCACUCGGCAGAUGAAGAUGUUCCCCUGAGCCCAGCUGCUGGCCUCGUGCUGGUCAGCAGAUGAGUCAGCUGACCUCCUCCAGCACCCACUGCUUCAGCCUUUUCGUGGUCUCCUGAACCACGAAGUCCUCUGGCCUUCUGGGAGUCUGGAUAUCCCUGGAGCAGGGAAGAAAGCAGGGAGGAUGGCCAGCGGGGGU